AUGGACCCCAUCUCCCUCCUCUCUCUCUACGACGACGUCCUUCUCGCGAUAUUCUCCUUCCUCGACCGCGACGAUGCGCUCGCGAUCUCUUCCACCUCCAGACACGCCUACUCCCUUGCCAUAUCCCGCGUCUUCGCCAACGUGUGCUGGGACAGAGACCUCGGAGUAGACGACAAGGAUGCCUCCGAAGCACGUGCACUAUCGCGAUAUAUGUGCGCACCAGAGCCGUUUUCCCAAGUCCCCCGCAUCCAGCACCUCCGCCAUUUCACCCUCCACCACUUUUGCGAUGUCGAUGUUCCUCCUUUGCGCGAAAUUCUCAGCCAAGCCUUCAACCUCAGCACUAUCGAGAUCCACAUCUUCGAGUUCUUCGUACACCAAGACAGACUUCUCGUAGACGCUAUCGGCGCCAUGCACAACCUCGAGCAAGCACGCCUGAUAGAUGUCGGUCCUGAGACGGUAGCUGCUCUGCCGGAGAUCCUCUCGAGUCGGCACCUGACCUUAUUGACGCUUGAAUUCGACGAGAUGUACUUUGAGUCCGGAGACAUCGACCUCGCGGCCCUCGUGUCCGGACUCUCCUCCAUGCAGAGCCUACACACCCUCGCCCUCGUCUCAUACAUCAUCCCCUCUGGUAUCAUCCCCCUGUGUCCCAACACCAUCACCUUGUCUCUUCAGCUGAAUGCGAAGGGAGAGCGGCCCGUAACACUUUCCAUGGCAGAUGAAGACCGAUGGCCUACCGGACUCAUGCGGCUCGACGUCCCCUCCCCCACCUUCAUCCCAUGGACUACUGCCGGGCGCAUCGGGCGCGUCGGCACGUUGGCAUAUGGGGCGAGCACGCCGAUAUCCAGCCCAGCCGGCUUCUACGACUCCAUCCAGCUUCUUUCGGCCGUCCGGCCCACCGCCCUAGAGCUCCACACGACACCGACGAUGGUGGACCCGGGUCGUGUCUGGAACAUGCUGUGGCGUGCCGCGCCCGUGCUGCGCUCGCUCGAGAUCGUCGUCGCGCCGGGCGAGUGCGACCUGCGCCAAUAUACGGUCCGUCACGUCCUCGCCGCGCCUCCCUCCCCGCUCUUUUCCCCGACCACUGACCCCCCGCGCCGCACCCAGGAGCCGCUCCUCGCCGCGCUGCGAUCCAAAUCGUUCGCGCUCGUCCACUUGUCCCUGCACUUCCCGCCGAUCCCACUAUACUACCACGCGUCGGGCGUGGCGGAAGUGGACGGUUGGCGCGCGACCGAAUCCCGCCGCGUCGAAGCGCUCCGCCCGCUUCCUCUGCGGAUCGUCGAGGCCGUCCCGACGCUCCGCGUCCUCUCGCUCUCCUCUUGCCUCCCCGGAUCCACCAUCUUCGACGCCAGAUGCGGGCGGCACGAGGACUUCGACCUGGAGAUAAUGGCGGAGCUCGCGCGCGAGAACGCCAUCGAGCAGCGGUGGGGACCGACGAGCGAGUUCGUCAGCCCGGGGCUGAGGAGGCUGAGGGAGCUGCGGGUGGAGAUCCCGCGCGACGAGCGGUGGUGGUGGGUAGGGGGCGACGGCGCGGCGCGCACCCCGGUGGAGAUCUGGAGGGAGGCCGGGGAGAGGGCACGCGAGCUCAUCGAACGCAGAGACUUUGACCCUGCGACAAGCCUUGACGGAUUCUACUCCGCGAAGUACCGAUAUGAGCGGUAG